GCCCUGAAUUCGUCCAUCAAAGCACAACAGGAUUAGUUGCGAAGUUUUUCAUAUUUUCCGUCGGCUAAGAAGAAAUGAGUGAUAAAGAGGAAGCGAUGGAUGACAGCGUUCGUUUUAAUGACGAAGAAAUGAAAGCAGAAGAUGAUGACAACGAAUGUAAUGAAAACCUUGACGACGGAAGUGACAGUGACGCUGAAGAUGAUGACAACGCCAGCCAAUAUGAUGACGACAGCCAAGAUGAUGGUGACACAGUGGAAGAAGAUGUGUCACAAGGACCACAGCAAACUUACUUACCUGGAAAACCAUUGGAAGAAGGAGAAGAGCUUGUCUGUGAUGAAAAUGCCUACCUUAUGUUCCACCAAGCCAAUACAGGCGCCCCUUGUCUCAGUUUCGACAUAAUUCCUGAUGGUUUGGGAGCUGAGCGCACUGAUUUCCCACACACAGCCUAUUUGUUAUCUGGAACACAGGCAUCAACUGAAUUCACUAAUCGCCUUAUUGUCAUGAAAAUGUCAAACAUGCAAAAAACACAACCUGAAUCAGAUAGUGAAGAUAGUGAUGAGGAAGAUGAUGAGACCAUGAUGAAACCAGAUCUUGAAUGUGCUAUUAUCCACCACCAGGGAUCUGUGAACAGAGUCAGGAUGUGUGUAGUUGGUGACAAGCCUCUUGCAGCUUCCUGGUCAGAGACAGGUAAGGUUCACCUAUGGGAUCUUACUCACCCACUGAAAGCUGUAAAUGACCCAGUGCUGUUGAGGACAUAUGUUGAAAACAAAGAAAGUCCCAGACCACUAUUCACUUUUAAAGGUCACACUACGGAAGGUUUUGCAAUGGACUGGUCUGUGCCAAUGCCGGGAGUUCUUGCGACCGGAGACUGCAAAAAGAACAUUCAUAUUUGGAAGCCCAGUGAAGGUGGCCUUUGGGUAGUUGAUCAGCGGCCUCUUGUUGGCCACAAUGCUUCAGUUGAAGACUUGCAGUGGUCCCCAAAUGAACCCAAUGUUCUCGCUUCUUGUUCCGUUGAUCGAAGCAUCCGUAUUUGGGACACACGAGUACAGCCGAAUAAAGCAUGCAUGCUCACUGCCGCGAAUGCCCACGAUAAUGAUAUCAAUGUUAUCAACUGGAACAAGCGAGAGCCGUUCAUCUUAUCCGGCGGCGAUGAUGGGAAAUUGCAUGUAUGGGAUUUGCGCCAAUUUCAGGCUGGAACUCCUGUUGCAACGUUCAAGCAUCACACGGCGCCUAUCACUUCGGUAGAAUGGCACCCGACGGACUCGACCGUAUUCGCAUCAGCUGGAGCUGAUGAUCAAAUAGCAUUAUGGGAUUUGGCUUUGGAAAAAGACGAAGGAGUAGACGGAUCGAAUGUAGAUCCCGAACUUGCAGAUUUACCGCCACAACUAUUGUUCAUUCACCAAGGACAAAAAGAAAUUAAAGAAUUGCACUGGCAUCCGCAGAUUCCUGGCAUGAUAAUCAGUACCGCUUUAACUGGUUUCAAUAUAUUCAAAACUAUUAGCGUAUGAGGAGUGGAAAUUAAUAAUGAAGUUACCUUGAUUUUCACCCGAUGAAUUACAAAACCGCAUCUGUGUUAAUUAAAUGUCUCAUUGUUGGUCGACCGUGCGGGCAAUUCUAAUAAAAAAAAAUAUUAGGAA